ACGUGUUGGAGGGAGAGUGUAUGCCCCUCUCCAGUAAAGCUAUUUUGAAAUUGACCCCUCUCAUUCGGGCACGGGACAGCAACACUGCAGCUGUCUGGAACCAUGACUGAAGAUGACGGAUUCUGUUGUCGUGGAGGGAUAUGUCAAAUUCAGAGAUGGAAAAAAGUGGAAGACUAGGUGGGUCGUACUUCGAAAGCCAUCGCCUGUGGCAGACUGUCUAGUCCUGCUGGUGUUUAAAGACAAAUCAGAAAAGACUCAGGGCCACAAGGAGAGGGCCAGCAUCACCUUGGAAGACAUCUGUGGCCUGGAGACUGGACUGUGGUAUGAAGGGGCAGGCUACACCCUGGCAAUACUCUGCCUGAGCCAGGCUGCCGUGCUGGGUUUUGACAGCAAGGACGCCCUGCUGGCCUGGGACAUCCGUGUCCGCUACAGCCUCGGAGAAGUACACAAGUUUGGUGUUGGAGUUUUAACUGGCACCAAGUUGGAGAGUGGGCCUGCAACUCUGCACUUGUGCAACAACCUUCUGGUCUUGGCCAGAGACAUCCCCCCCACCAUCAUCGGCCAGUGGAACCUUCCAGACCUACGCAGAUAUGGGCCUGUAUCAAACGGCUUCGUCUUUGAGGGGGGAACACGAUGCGGUUACUGGGCCGGGGUCUUCUUCCUAUCCACCACGGAGGGCGAGCAUAUCAGUUUUCUGUUCGACUGCAUCGUCAGAGGCAUCUCCCCCACCAGGGGCCCAUUUGGUCUGCGGCCAGUCCUUCCAGACCCCAAUGCGAGCCAGAACUACUCAGAGGAGAGAGUGAACCACGAGGCGCAGGAGCUGGAGAAACGCCUCAGCAUGCUGUCGCACCAGAGCAGCACAGCCUCGUCUACUUAUGGCCCAUCUGUGGCUGGAGACGAUCGUAGUAUAUCAGGCUCCUCUGACACUUCAGAUACCAGCCAAUCAGACUGCAGCAUCGGGAGCCGUCUGGCUAUUUGGACCGAACCAGCGAUUGGCCCCUCCUCUUCGGAGAGCGCUGGCCAGUCGGGGGCUAAAGUGGCCACGCAGAGCGAGGAAAAGCUGUCAGUCAGCCAGGUGGGCGAAGCCCGUCCAAUGGCCAAACCUUCUCGGUCUCGGCAGCUACAGGAAAUUGGUCGGCAGAGCUCUUCUGACAGCGGCAUAGCCACAGGAAGCCACUCCUCUUACUCCGGGAGUUUCUCCUCCUACACUGGAAGCUUGGACAAUGGUCCAGGGGAGGAUUUUGAGUCUCUACUCAGCCUUCCCCCUCAUAUAGCCCUAGACCUGAGCCCUUGCAGCUGCCCUCCAGCCCCAGGACAUGAGUACCAGGUGCCCACAUCACUGAGGUACCUCUAUGACACCCCCAAGAGCCUACUCCAGGAGGGAGCCGGGGGAGCCCGGGCGCCUGAACCCCCCGUGUCACUCAAGGACGAGGCGACAGAGGGUGAGGAGGCUCCUGGAAGUCAGUCCAGCUCUGCUCCUGGACACUCCGCAGCCAAGUUCUCACAAGGCCAGUUGGAAGAGAACAAGAGCAAGGUGGCGCCAUCUGGUGACAGUCAGCACCCUGAGUCGUGCCAGAUCUGCAGUUCUCACACGGCGGGCUCCAAAACCAUCCUCAUCAUCUGCUCCACUUGUGGAGGAUUCAAGGGAACCCCACUCUCCCACCUGGGGGGCUCUGCUGUUCCCUCCAUACCAGGAUCUUCUGAACCAAAUUCAGCAGAAGAAAGUAUGAACAAGUGCCCGUGCAGACGUAACAGCUCAGCCGAAUCCAAGACUUUAGUUUCAACAGAAGCCAUGGCAUCUAACGCUUCACCUGCCCAACUGACCAAUCAUAGCACAGUGAAGCUGAUUUCGAAGAAGAUAAAUGAGGAGCAGGCCCCAAAUAAGAAAGGCAAAGAGAGGUUAGCAAACCUCCUAGCUGAUCUCUUAGGCUAUCCAAGUAUAGCUGGAGAGGCAGGCACACAGACAGGCAGACUGAACUUCUACGAGUCAAUGGCUGCUGCAUCUGGCCACGUACUCAGAUCCCAACCACCUCUUCCUCAUGGAUCUCCAUCACAUGAUUUAAGCUGCGGCACAGACAAAGACAGUAUCAUAUAUGAAAAUUGUUUCAAGUGUAAAAGGGAGAAUUGCCACCCACCUCAAAGGGUGCCACCACCAAUGCCUUAUUGCAGCACAAAUAGUGCUACUUUGGUGGUUGGUCAGAAGAACCACUUUGGACAGGCCUUACCCUUUAAGCCCUGCUUAGAGAUGGGUGUCAGUGAGCAGGAGGGGAUGUCUAAACAAGAGGACUCGGCUCAAGUGAAACAAGUGGACCAUGUGGUCCAAAACAGAGUCCUCCAGAGUGAGGAGUUGAAUUGUCAGUCAGUGACAGAUGAAGAUCGGUCCGAUCAGACAGGUUAUGUGCUUCUUCACCAACUAACCUCUUUGGAGGCCUUUGUUCACGACAAAAAAACUAGAAGUAAAGAAGAAAGGCGCAAAGUUGAUCCUGCAUAUGAAAUCAUGGAGAGCCGUGCUCUGGAGAAGAAUACAGAGACUGAAGAGAAAAGCAAGUACGAGCUAAUGGGGAGCUGUGGACACCAGAGGUUCCUUCAUGAAACUGAGGGUGCCGUGUUCGUGUUCCCAACCGAUAUGACAGCUCCAGACAGGUGUCGGGGUGAUGGCGUGAACUACGUUAACAUCCCUGUUAGCCCCACGUCCAAGAAGCAGCUCAACUACAUGGAGCUGGAACUGCAGGAGCCUGCUGUGGGAGGCAGGGCCCCCGCCAGCCACCUCUCCACACAGAGAAAAAGUUCCACUAAAUAUGCCCAGAUUGACAUCACUGCUACAGAGACCGCUCACAAAGUGGGUACCCAGCAUGCACUGGGCCGAGAGGAGGGUCUUCACUCUAUGGAGCAGCGGAGGAGGGGAGCACCACAGUGACAUUGCAUGUCUCCCCCCCCUGACCUUUGCAGGACCUCAUACCCAACUGGGCAUUUAUAGAAUCCGACACUUCGAACUUCCUAGUGCAGCUCCAUUCUCCACAGUGUCAAAACUCCUUGGCAACACCAAAAUGAUGUCGACCGAUUGUUGCUCGAAAUGUAUGUCUCAUUUUGUGCCAAAUACCGCAGUCACGUUUUCCGUGAAGGCAAGCUGGAAAAUAUGGCGAUCGUCUGCAGCGUUGCUCCCACAGACUGGACAGCUGCCCACAAUCCAAAAAGCAACAUGAAAACAAGUGAAGGAAGAAGGCUGUGUGCAGGAGACGUUUCAAUCAAGACUUCCCGUGUGGAGUCAGACAUCUCAUUAGAUGGCAUUAUGUCACGGUCAUAGCCUUAGGCAGAGUAUGGGUGCGUGAAUGUGCUCAUUUUGAGCUGAGUAUUCGCUCUUCCAAACCCCCACAGCUCUGGCUUUUCAGCCUACCCGGGCCACCCCUAAUUGAAUGCGCCACGCUUAGGAUCUCAUCUGGGAGAACGAGAGAGGUGUGAUUAGCAGUUGUUUUCACCUUCAGAAGUUGCUUUUAAUUAUCAUUGCAUUAAUGCUACAGCAUGUAGUGCUAAGAUUUCCCAAGGCAAUUUGUUUGGUAUGUGGUAAAAAAAAUAUAUAUAUUUUCAUCCUAUACUGUACAGUACAUCCAGUCUUAGUCCUUGGAGAGUACUGCAGAAAAAAAGGAUUCCCAGCUUUAAAUGGUUGUGUUGUCCGAAGGAACUUUGACUAGGUUGAUUGUGGUUAAUUGCUGAGCAUCGACCACAACAGAAUUGACGAUGCUCAAGUUUGUUGUUCUGUUUCACGGUUCAUGUGGAAUUGCUGUGGGACUGGCCAAGCUUUACAAACAGUCUAUAAAUAAUUCAAAGCACAGGCUACAGUACACUGAAUUCAGUUUUUUCUUCUUCAGAGAAAGCCAAAGCAAAAAACAAUGUAAACCUUAGACAACCUGAAAAAGCUCUUUCCCCCUGCACACACCACACUGUGUGUGAAUGCAGGGUUUUAGCAGAUGUAACAGCCAUUGUUUGAUUGGUGAUGUAAGAACAACUCUAAUCUUAAACCACAUAUACGUUUUCCAUUGAAUCUGCAUACAUUUGUUAGAAGAACCUCCUUUAUAUUUACAAUCUCAUUAUUACUUGUGUUGCUGUAAAUACAUUCUGUCUUUCAUAUGAGAAGAUCUGGACUGCCAAGAAUUAUACAUUUGAAGAUAAUACUGUAUGUACAGAUUUAUGUAAAGAGUUUGAAAAUAAUGUCUGUGUUUUUCAAAGGGCAUCUUUUCUUGUAACAUGUUAUUUAUAUUGUCACAACCACUGCUUUAUAAGAGUGUAAGUUACUAAGUGUAAGUUCUCACAUUUACAUUUUAAAUUGUAUUAAUUUAGCUCAGGGGUCCCCAAAUUUCUUUCUGCGAUGUUCUGUAACAGAAAAUUACAUGUGCCGGAGUGAUUAGCAGUAUUAUUGUGGCUCGAUCAUGAUGGAACGUUAUGUUGAAUGUACCAUUCUGUUGGUGGGUGAAUCUAACAAAUAAUUUGUUUACGUUAAUAAUUAUAGUUAAUAACUAAGGGACAUUUUAAUUGGUAAUAACUGAUGUAAAUUUUAGUUUGAAAGCUAACCUUCAUAAUCAAAUUCCAAUACCGGUAUGAUAUGAUUACAACACAUAAGCCUAUUUAAAAUUACAUUGUCAAAAUAUGUCUCUGGCACUGUUCAGAGGGCCGGUCCAAAUGUGUGGGCGCGCCAUAUUCGGCCCAGGGGCCGUAGUUUGGAGGGCCCUGAUUUAGCUGAUGCUUUUAUCCAAAGGAACAUACAAAUAGUGCAUAUAGAUAGUACAGCAGACAAUCAAACAUGGGACUUUUCUAUACAAAUGUGAUUAUUCAAAUAUAAACCUAAUGGUUAUACAUAUAAAGCAAGAUUACAAUUAACUGUUUGUUUUGUUUUUUCGUUUCACAUUUUCACAUUCCAUUGGAAGUGGUAUUAUUUUCCUGUCUGAUUUUAUUAUUAAUAACAAAGGUGUAGAAACAAAGUAACAAGAAUUUUACCCAGUAACUUAAUUUGUCACCAUCAUGUUGUAGGCAGUAUAACAUUCCUUAACAGGGCGAUAAAUAUGCCAAGAGGCGAUAUAUAGUUUCCACACCUGUAGCACCCUUGUUCUGACUCUACUUUACUUGGUAGAUAAUAAUAAUAAUCAAAUGUGUUUGCUAAGGAAUAAUUAUUAUUCUCAGCAAAUAACAGGUGACAUUUCUAUUUA